UCUAUAGGUACCAACUGUUUGAAUUUGUUUUCUAUCAUAAUAAUAUGCUUGUAUUUAAUACGCGAUGACUCUUGCAAGAGCAGAAAUGUUCGAAUUAUCUGUAAAUUUGUGAUACGAUUUGAAUGAAUAAUGCACAGUUAUUUUUUUUUUCGCGCUUAAUCUCUACACAACCGUGAAAUUUUAAUCGACUAGAUUUAAAAUUGAAUCAUUUUGGAUAUAAAUAAAACGCGAUAAACCAAGAAGAAUAUCAACAAUUUCAAAAUGUUCAGAAUACAUCCAGCAUUCGUUAUUAUAUUAAUCAAGUAUUGGUAUUCGGUUAUUUUUUGGAACUAUCUAAGUUCAUUUCGCCAAUCUCGAAAACUUUUUUGUGAUAAUUUUCGAAAUUUCAAUUAGAACGAUUUCAAUUCUUGUAAUUUCAAUAUAUUUCAACAAAUCGAAUUCGUGAGUGAAGAGACAUCGAAAUCUAAUAAGUAUAAAUCACAAUGAAACGAAGUCACUUCGCGUAUUUCGUGCUUUUUUUCAUGUCAUCGAUUUCACUGAAGAACGUUAUUUGUGACGGUGAACUUCUAUCAAAGCAAGAUGGCAAACUAAAUAUCAAAAUAGCUGUAAUACUACCACUUUCUGAAGAAAAAGCGGAAUUCAAGUGUUCAGAUAGAUUUUACCCCGACACGUUACAAAACGUAGAAGCUUUGUACUAUGCAUUGGAUUUGAUAGAAAAUGACGACACACUUCUACGAAAUAUUACUCUGAAUGUCGAUGUAAUAGAAAAUUGCAACAGUCCAAUGCUAGCAAUGAGACAUUUGUCAAACUUGGUCGAACAAUUGCAGGUGAAGUCAAUAUACGACGACAAUGCAACAUUUGGACUCAUUUAUACAAAUGAUUUGGUAAGAUUCAAAUAUGAAACUGUUUUCGAGUUAUUUCCCAACUUCCCGCGUAUUAGUUAUGAAGGGCCACCGAAGGAAAUAAUAGAUGUGAACGACAUUAAAGAGGAUUCAACUUCAUUUUUUAUCACGUUAACAUCCGGUCAUAUUUUUAUAGCUGAUGUGAUAUUUGAAAUUUUGAAACACUACGAUUGGAGAUACAUCACAAUAUUUGAUCCACCACCUUGCGGACACAACGAUGUGAAAAAUUUUUUCAUCAGACGAGCUGAAGAACUGGCUAGAAGUGAUGGAGUUUGCAUUGAUCAUUCAACUGACGCCUUGUGCGAGGCAAACGAGAGAUACAGACUCGAAAUCGAUUUUAUACCUCCGAAUAAUACAGUCGAUGUAAUUAUUUGUUAUUGCAAUCAAUAUGAAAUUUUGGGACUGAAGGAAGAAUUGGAAAAAUACAACAAAAAAUACGUAGUUAUCGCAGGAUACAUUAAGGAAUAUUGGACAGACGAAGAACCUGUAGAAUGGACAUCGAAUGUAGGAGACCUGUAUUACGUCACACCAGCACCACAACAAGAUGAGAAAUUCCACCAUUAUUACACGUCUUUGUCAAUAAGAAAUAAUACAAGACAUCAUUUUCUUGAAAAAUUCAGGGAACGAUACUUCAAAGCACAAUUCAAUUCCGAAAUUGGAAACGAAGAAAUAAUAGCCGAUACUGAAGCUAUUUAUAGAGACACUUACAAAAAUAAUUCCAAAACGUCGUUUAAUAUCAUCAAAUCACUAUACAUCAUGGCCUUUGUUUUAGACGACGCACAUAAAAGAAAAGGUACACGAAACCGAGUUUCUGCGGGAUCGAAACUUCGCCAAGUCAAUUUUAAAUUAGUCGACGAAGAAGUGAGUUUUACUAGACUAAGAGGUCUACUAAAAGCAGAAAGAUUCAAUAUACACAAAUUUCAAGAACAAAAACACGAAUCUGGUCGUCUAGUCAAAGUCGGCGAAUAUAUGAAAUACGGUGACACAGAUGAUGAUCUUGACUGGGAAAUAAAAAGUUCGCUACGAAUACGAGGCAAACUAACCAUGAUGGACGCAGCUUCCCAAUAUUCAAAAGAUUUUCCGAAGCAGAUAUGCAGUAAAUUGUGCCCAGCAAGACACGCAAAGAUAAUAUAUCAGUACAAUCAAUGUUGUUGGGAGUGUGUUGAGUGUAAUCAUUUUGAGAAGUUGAGCAGUAACGCCACUUCCUGCAUAAACUGUGAAGACGGUUCAGUGGCAAAUCAAAACAGAACUGAGUGUACACCUAUUGCUGAUAUUCUUCACCUACCAAUCGAAUGGACAGAUUACCAGAAUUUGAUAUCCAUUGGGUUCUCAUUAAUUUCCAUUGUACUGACUGUGAUCGUAUCUUGUGUAUUUGUUAAAUAUCAAGACACACCAGCAGUCAAGUCCACUACCAGAGAACUAUGUUACGUUAUGUUUGCUGGGAUUAUUUUGGUCAACAUUACACUUUUCAUUUCAACGGUGACUUUGAGUUUUGGAACAUCAGAUAUGAAAGUUCUGCCAGCAAUGGGUUUCACGAUGAUAUAUUCCGCUUUAUUAGUGAAAACCAACAGAAUAGCUCGUAUAUUGGUCACAUCUAAGCAUAAAUUUGCCAACGUGAACCCCAAAUACGUAUCAUUGAAGGCUCAGAUCACAAUAACUUCAAUACUGAUCGGAAUAGAAACACUGGUGUGCUGGUUUGCAGUAAAAUUACACUAUCCAGAUUCGAAUGCCGAAGGAAACGACUUCAUUCUGCGACAGUAUUACCUAGAUGAAGCGUUUUUUGUCCAAAUAUUUGCAUUUGUAGCAAUAUUAAUUUUGCUCUGCACGUAUUACGCUUUUAAAACGCGAACUCUACCUGAAAAUUUCAACGAAACUAAAUGUAUUGGGUUUGCCAUGUAUGCUACUGUAAUAACAGCGAUAGCUUUCAGCUUAGUGUACUUUGCAACUGAGAAAAAGAUAUUGGCGAUGAACUUAUGUGCUUCGAUUAAUUCAUUGACGAUUCUGGUGUUUUUGUUUUCGCCAAAAUUGUACAUCAUUCUGUGGACCCCUGAGAAAAACACUAGAGUCUACUUUUCACCGGUUUCCUCCAAUAUUCGCAGUUACAUGGGAAAUGAAUCACGUCCCAAUGCAUCUGCACCAUCCAAUCAGUCUUUCUUGCUCGAAAAUUCGGGACCACAACCAAGCCUCAACAACACAGCUGAAGAAUUAAAAGAGCAAGUACGAGAUUCCAUCACCAAAGUUAUGAAAGAACUGGACAAUAUUCCAGGCAGAGAAUUGAACUUAGGGACAUUGAAAGAAAAAAUCAAAAAAGGUGAUUUAGAACCAGAUGAAAUGGAAAACACUUUGAAAAAAGCGUAUUCAGAAAUUAUUGAAAAAUGCAAAGUACAAUGCCAAGUUGAGCUGAAUCGCAUUCAGAAAAAAGUCAAAUAGAAGAUGAGUUAUUUUAUGGAAGCUAUAUAGUUUAAUCGUGGAGCUAAUCAAGAAUUAUCUAAGUAUACUGGUGAACAUUUGUAGUUGUUAAAACAUGAUUUUUUCUCAAAUUUUACAA